GAUUUACGAGCCUGAGUCUAUCGACUACUCUUGAUCUAUCCCACAUUUUCAUUCUCAGUCGAACUAGAAGGUCUCUACCCGUCCAUCCGGGAAGUAAUUACAACAUGCCUCCUCGACGAAACCCAACCAGUCCCGCGCGUCCGCGGGCGCGAAAGAGCUCUUCGGGCGCUUCGAAAUCCCGCUCUGCAAAGACAUUACCGUCUAAAAGACCAAGUACGGCCGGCACACAACCUGGCGAACCCGUCAUCCGGGCAAGAAAAAUCCGGUAUAAACCCGGUACUGUCGCUUUACGCGAAAUCCGAAAAUACCAAAAAACGACCGAUCUCUUGAUGCGCAAACUGCCCUUUGCGCGAGUAGUGCGUGAGGUUGCUCAUGAUUUCUACUCUGGCGACGAGGGCCUUCGGUUCCAGUCGGUUGCGAUUCUCGCGCUUCAGGAAGCGGCGGAGGCGUACUUGGUGCACUUGUUUGAAGAUACAAAUCUGUGCGCUAUACAUGCCAAGCGUGUGACUAUAAUGCAAAAGGACAUCCAGCUAGCCAGGAGAAUCCGGGGUGCGUGGGGAGGCCUGGGUUGAGUAUGUGUCUUUUGAAGUAGCUGUUAGGUCUAUUGUCUGUUUUUCUUUUUUCCUUUUCUUAUCUCUAUUUUUUAUCAUUUGUGUAAUUCUACUGGGUGUUUUCGUUUUCUUCUGUAACAAUUAGGGCCUGAUAUUGGAAGUUCUUUACACGUAAUCCUAUAAUUUAUUCGCCAGCAAAGUCCAAGCCAUAAAUUUGACGGACGCUAAGAGAGAGUCAGAGUAGUCCGGCAGUCCGGAGCUCUUUAGAUAUCAUCUAUAGUAUUAAACUAUCAACUAGCAGAACACAGCAGAGAUUUCCUAAAUU